AUCACUUGGCCUUUGACUCCUCCUCCUUAAAUUCUCUCUCUCUCUGUUUCUCUCUCUUUCUGGCAUGCAGCAAUCCAUUUGUUUAUCACCGCCAUCUGUUUCAUACAACUACACUCAAUCUCUUCAUCUCCUUCAUACAAUUUUUACACCAUUUUUUUUCUCCAUUUAACAAACAAACCGUUUGAAAAGAAAGAAAAAACAGAGCUGUACUGAUUUUUGUCAACAUUAUCAGUAAAGAAAAACAGAGAAUUUCAAAGAUGGAGACAAAAUUGGCUCUCACUGAAUCUUCUUUAGUUUGUAAUGGAUCCCAGGGUGGCAACAACAGUAGUAGCGCCGCGGAUACAUGGAUUUCCUACACAAAAGAUGGAUCACUUGAUCGCCAUGGAAGUCCUGCAAUCAAAGGAAGAACUGGCGGCUGGAGAACCGGCUUGUUACUCCUAGGUAAUGAAGUAUUAGCAACACUUGCAUUUGUGGGAGUGGAAGUGAACUUGGUGUUGUUCUCAAAAUCGGUGUUAAGACAGACAAACGCGGAGGCUGCAAACACCUUCAGUAUGUGGAUGGGAGCUGUGUAUCUGUUCUCUUUGUUAGGUGCCUUUCUUAGUGAUUCUUAUUUGGGAAGAUAUCUCACUUGCUUAAUCUUCCAAGCUGUCCUUACCAUUGGUUUGGUUGCAAGUUCCUUUACAACCCAACAUUUUCUACUAAAACCUGAAGGUUGUGGAACACUAGACCAGCAAUGUGAUCCUCAUUCGAAAUCCCAGACUGCAAUAUUCUUCGUAUCAAUCUACUUUGUCGCCCUUGGAAACGGGGCAGCUGAACCUGCACUAGCUACAUUCGGAGCUGAUCAAUUCGACGAGGAAGAUCCUGUAGAAAGUCGAUCAAAGACCUCAUUUUUCAGCUACUUUUACGUGGCCUUAAACAUGGGUUCCUUAAUAGGAGAGACAAUAUUGGUAUACAUUGAGACAAUGGGAGAUUGGGUGCUUGGAUUUUGGAUAUCUACUGGUUGUGGAAUUGCUGCUUUGAUUUUGCUGUUUAGUGGAACUAUGAGGUAUAGGCAUUUUAAGCCUAGUGGGAAUCCUAUCUCUAGAUUCUUUCAAGUCAUUGUGGCUUCCUUUAGGAAGAUGAGCCUCGAGGUUCCUCAACGCGGUGAUCAACUUUACGAGGUUCAUGGGAAGGAUAGUGAGAUCAAUGGGGCUAGAAAAUUACUCCACUCUAAUGGAUUCAAGUUUCUCGAUAGAGCAGCAAUCAUCACACCAGCAGACACGAGUUUUAUACCAGAGAAGGCAUCCCCAACGAACCCUUGGAGGCUGUGCACAGUGACUCAAGUAGAAGAAGUGAAAUGCAUCUUAAGACUACUACCAAUAUGGCUAUGUACAAUACUAUCCUCAGUUGUAUUCAUUCAAAUGAUGUCUCUAUUCAUAGAGCAAGGAGCCACCAUGAACACCGCGAUAGGAGCCUUCCACUUCCCCCCAGCAAGUAUGACAGCCUUUGACAUAAUCAGCACAUCAACCUUCAUCAUCUUCUACGACAAACUCAUAGUCCCUCUUUAUGUCAAGCUUACAAAAAGGAAGCCAAAACCACCAACCGAGCUACAAAGGAUCGGUAUUGGACUAUCAAUUGCAGUUGUAGCAAUAGUAGUUGCAGGAUUAUUGGAGCAACAAAGGAGAAAAUACGCGAUUUUGAGUGGGGAAGAUAUAAGUCCUUUGAGCAUCUUUUGGCAAACUCCACAGUAUGUUCUUGUAGGAAUAGCUGAGGCCUUUGUAUAUGUGGCUCAGUGGGAGUUUUUCUCUUCGCAAACACCCGAUGGUAUAAAGAGUAUUGGACUUGGAUUAUCGAUGUCUUCUUCAGCAAUGGGAAGCUACUUAUGCAGCUUUAUACUGACUGUGGUGAUGCAUUUUACGACGAAGAAUGGCAGGCCUGGGUGGGUCCCUCCUAACUUGAAUGACGGGCACCUGGACCGGUUCUUUUUCCUAUCGGCUGCUUUAACAACAGUAAAUCUAGGGUUCUAUGUACUUUGUGCAAGAAGGUAUAAGUGUAUCUCCUUGGAGAAGCGAGAGGGUAAUAAAGAAAUGGAUCCCAUUGUGCCGUAAAGUGCAAAAGAGUUUGUAAGCUAGUUAAAUCAUUUGUUCCUGCAAUAUAUGUAUACUUACACAGGAAACUUCAUGUGUUAAACCAUUGAGCAGCUUAAUGGGGGCAUGGAAUAGUUCAAGUUAGGGUAUGUAUUCUUGAGGAAGUAGCUAGCAUCAUUAUACACAAGUUUUUUUCGAA